UCCUGGACUAGAUUUGCAAGGGGAGAGCAGCGGCGUCGUGUCUCCCUGAUCGGGGCCCCAGGAGAUCAAGUUUUGUCUUACCAAUGGACUAUAAAAAUGUACCUGAGAACAUCAAAGUCAAUAUUCCAAGCUCAAAUGCCUCUCUGCCACCCUCCACAUCUGACACUAACUCCUUAGGGCCACAGAGUGGGGCCACUUUGGGGAGACCUGCAGCAGCCAACGCGGCCCGAGAGCGUAGCCGAGUGCAGACCCUACGACAUGCCUUCUUGGAGUUACAGAGAACUCUGCCCUCUGUACCACCUGACACUAAGCUCUCCAAGUUAGAUGUACUGCUUCUAGCCACCACCUACAUUGCCCAUCUCACCCGCAGCUUGCAGGAUGAAGAAGAAUUACCUGGCAAGGGCUUGGGAACCUUGAGAGGGGAUGGCUACCUACAUCCUGUUAAGAAAUGGCCAAUGAGAUCACGCCUAUAUAUUGGAGCAUCAGGACAAUUUUUGAAUCCCUCAGUGCAAGCAGAAAAUGUAACUCAAGGAGAAACCUCAACAAAUUCUCAAAUGUAAUCCUGUUUUUUUUUCUUAAAUGCUGUUAUAUUUAUUAUUCCAGAUAUAUUUAAAUUGAGUCUUCCAAUAUCUGUGAUAUUUCUUCCAAUUGACCGGCAUCCUUAAAUGGUAGGCUUGAAAUUCAGCCUGUUAAUUCAGAUUGCUUUCUUCACAGCCUAGGACAACACAUCAGUUGUGCAGUGUAAUUCAUUUAUUUCUUAUGUAGCUACUAUUUCUCAAAAGGCAAAAUAUACUUUUCAUUGUGUGAAUGUUGCUACUAUUGAAAUCUGUAAGAUACCAGCUCAUGUGUCAUCUUGUUUAUGAAAACAUAUCCUUUUCUGUGUGAAGAAAUGGCUGAAUAUAAUGUAGUGGAUAAUUUACAGGCAUUCUGCGACCUUUGUUGAUAAUUUAUGAAAUGUGAAUUGUUGUACCCCAAUUCUGAAGAAAUUAAAUAAGAUAACCAAAUAGUUGAUUUUUAAGCUAAUGUUUAAAAGCUGAGCUGCUCAGUUACCUUGAACUUUGAAAUGGGCAAAAAUAAAUUUGACAAAUAAAAAAAAACAAUGCAUCUAAGUUUGGAGACUUUUAACUGACAAGAGCUCUGCAGAACUAUUUCAAGUAUUCCAGUGAUCCAUGUCAUAUACUCAAAUAUAUCUAUUCAUAAUUUCCCAGAAUUCACAGAAUUAUGAUAGAUGACAUAAGGCACAGGUUCUCACACAGGUUGUCCUCCGCAUUUGUCAUGUUCAAAGGUAAUAUUAAGGUACCUGGUGUUUUGAAGAAUUAAUCCAAGAAAUAACAUUGCAAAACUGGAUGUAUGAAUUUUAGACAUGAAAUUCUGUUAUAGAGUAAAACAAAACAAAAAAUUGCUUUGAAGAAUAAGUUACAGCUUUUACACUUUCUUAAAAAUAUAUCCAAAAUUCUUUUUACAGCAUAUUGUUAUUUUUCAUAAAUGUUUGAUCAUUUUAUUUAUACUGUAUAUGUAUAGUCACUUCUUAAUUUACAACAAUUCAUACAUCUAAUGAAAUUGAUCCUGAAAAAUGUAUGCCCUAUCUUUCUAUCAGUUUGUAGGGGUGCCUGAAGAUUCUUUGCUCUUGCUAUUACAAAUAAAGACAGCUCUCCCACUGGAAAUCUUACAUGCUUUUUUAGAUAAAAUUGUUUAAUUUUCUCUGCUGAAAUGUUUGUAUGUUAACUAGCUAAAGCAG